AUGGCGAACCCGGGCUUGGAAGACCAGGGCAAGAUUGACCUCGCAGAGUACCUCUUCAAAAGACUGAUCCAACUUGGUCUUGGAUCCGUCCACGGAGUCCCUGGAGAUUACAACCUCACAGUUCUCGACUAUAUCAAGCCCCUGGGUCUUCAUUGGGCCGGCAACGCAAACGAGCUCAACGCAGGCUACGCUGCUGACGGCUAUGGAAGAAUUAAAGGAAUAUCAGCCAUCAUUACUUCUUUUGGAGUCGGUGAACUCUCUGCCAUAAACGCCAUUGGAGGUGCAUAUGCGGAAAAGUCUCCUGUCGUGCACAUUGUUGGAACUGCCCCUAUGGCAGCCCAAAAGAAUGGCGCCUUGUUGCAUCACACGUUGGGUACUGGCAACUACAGAGCCUUCCCAGAGAUGAGCAAGUGGGUGACUGUGGCCCAGGCGAAUCUGACAGACGCGGAUACAGCACCAGCUCUGAUUGACGCAACUCUCAAGGCAUGUGUCUUGAACAGCCAACCAGUGUAUAUCGAACUUCCAACCAACAUGGUCAAGGCUCAAGUGUCACCUCCUGUCACACCUAUUGAUCUCUCAAUACCCGGAUACGAUGAGGCGUACGAGAGCAAGGUAGUGGACAGGGUCAUGGAGAGGAUUCAAAGUUCUACAAAGCCAGUGAUUCUCAUGGACGGAUUGACCUCUCGCUUCCGUAUUACCGAAGAAGUCAACGAAUUUGUACGAGUGACUGGCCUUCCGACGCUUUCCACGCCGUUUGGAAAGGGCAUCGUCAACGAAAAUCUGCCCAACUAUCACGGUGGCUACGUCGGAGCCGUUGGAGACGCCGUCAUCAAACAGCAAGUUGAUGAGGCGGAUCUAGUUCUCAAUUUUGGACCUCUACAUUCGGAUGUUAAUUCUUUUGGCUUCACAGCCAUGCCCAAGGCGGACGUAACAAUUGCUUUGAACAUGCACUCGGUCAAGUUUGGCAGCGAAAUCGACUCCGACGGCCGUGCCAUCUCUAUCAAGUCAUUUAUGAAGAAGCUGGUGAAGCGUACCCAUGCUGCAAAUCUACCCGCUCUUCAGCCAUUCACUCAGGGCCCUUCUUUCUCACCCCUUUUGUUGCAAAAUCUCAAACCCUCUGCGGACGACGCAGCUAUCAAUCAAGACACUUUCUGGCUUCGAAUGUCUGAGUUUCUCCAAUCUGGAGACCUUCUCCUCACGGAAGCGGGCACAUCCUUUAUGGGCGCCAACACUUGUGUGUUCCCAGAGAACAUCACUCUUAUAAAUUCCGCUCUCUGGCUUUCCAUUGGCUAUACUCUUCCCGCAUUACAAGGAAGCGCUCUAGCUCGGCGAGAACAGCGCAAGGAGGGUAGCAAAGAGGGUGCUCGCUCAUCUGGCCGGGCCAUACUGUUUAUAGGGGACGGAAGUCUUCAAAUGUCUGCUCAGGGCAUUAGCGACAUCAUCAGGAGUCGGCUUGACGCUACAAUCUUCGUCAUCAACAACGAUGGCUACACUGUCGAGCGAGUCAUACACGGCUUUCACGAACACUACAACGAUAUCCAACCGUGGAGAAAUACCGAGGCUCCAAACUACUUUGGGGCACCGCUGGAUGAUCCCGAGUACCCCGUGAUAGCAGAAAAAGCUAAGAACUGGGGGGAGCUGCGGAGCAUUUUGGGACGAAAGGAUGUCCAGGCGGGUAAAGGCCUGACUUUGAUUGAGGUGUUCAUGGACAUUGCAGAUGCCCCAGCUCCGCUCAAGAAGCUUUCUGCCUAUGUCAGCAACAGAAACAAGACUAACGGUUCGUAG